AUGGCGGCCAACGCCCGGAUGUCGACGUACUCGAACACCUCGUCGUACCAGGGGCAGAGGAAUGUGAACCCGGCUGCUCAACCAUCAGCACAGGUCUCGACGACGAGUCUCCUGAACGCGGUCCAUACAAUCUACACGUCCGGCCAACCAUACAGGCUAGACUCCAGCACCUCUCUCGUCGUGAACAACUGGCUCACGGCCUCACAGCCCGACCCGGAAGGGAGGAUAGGCGGUACGGUCGAUGCCGGCCUGUCUGCCCGUGCUUGGGAGCAUGCCAGGCGACGUGCGGAAGAUGGAUGCAUACUUCUCGGCUCCCUGCAUGAGUCGACCCCGUCGGUCCUCGCGCCCUUCCUCCAGACCCUCCCAUUAUCGAUCCCGGCUUCCCUAUAUACUGCACUCAACGCAUUGCGAGCUUUCCUUCACUCCGUAUCGCCACAGAACUACUCGGCACCUCGCUACUCUGCUCUCGGUGUCACUCUCACCCUGACCCUGGCUGGAAAUCUGACCGCGGCAUCCAUAGCUCUCUCUCAGGGAGGAAUCGAUACUUCCAAGGGCCUUCUGAACAUUCCAGCCAAGCCGGGUUACCGAGCAUUCGAUGUGUUCUACUAUCUCCUCACGUCAGCUUCCACGCCCGCCGAACGAGAGUUCCUAGGGCUCCAAACCGCGUCGAGCUAUGCCCUUCUGGCAAAGUCCGGCACCUACGAUCCCCCUUCGUACCUCCCGACGGGAGACGAUGCUGCCGCCGCGGACGACUUCCGAGCUUCGUUGAAGGAGAUUGGUAUCAAGGGUGCAGCUCACAGGAAUCUGAUUUCCAUCUUGGUCGGAUUGUUGAAACUCGGCGACACGUUGAACUUCAAUCUGGAUGAGGAUGCUUUGGAGGAGGUUUGUGAAGACGUCGGAGGGCUGCUCGGUCUUGAACCAGAGGUUCUGCUCAGCCAAUGCACAACAGCGGACCGUGAAAUUCUGAUUGGCGGGCUGUACGAAGCCUUGGUCGACUGGGUCAUUCUGAGAGCCAACGAGGCCAUCGCAGCCGAAAUGAGCCGGAUCAAAGACUGCGAUUCUUCCGAUGGUGGUCGAGGCGCGAGAACCCCAAAGACUGAGGAGGACAACGGAGACACGGUUUGCAUCACAGUUUUGGAGAUUCCAGAUCCAAGUUUUGGCAAGGCGGCCGCUAUGCGUGGGGUCUUUGAUGAUACCCAAGGCAUCAACUUCGAGAUGAAAGAGGAUGGAGUUGAUGUGGUCCCCGUUGGCUCUACGAUCCUCCGCGAAAUGCAGAACUCUGUGUCUGAGGUAGGCCCGGAUCUUGGGAUAAUGACUGGACCAGCCGGCCGUGAGCGUGAGCACGAGCUCGAAAAAAGAGAGAUUGUCCUCGAAAAGGUUGGCAGGGAAGGCGAAGAGGGUGGAUUUUUGACGAGGCUCCUCUUCCCCGUUGAGGGAGAAGGCAUCAACUUGGGACGACGAGGCCGCAUUGACUUGCCAGUCGUCCUCGGAAGCAGUCGCGUGUGGUACCACCUCUCGCUCCACCCAACGGAUGAGUCCCCGGCCAGUUUGGCUGCUCUCCCUUCGAUGACCUCCGCAUGGUCUGCAGGAACAGUCUCGAGACAACUUCGCUCGUGGAGGCUCCCCGAAUGGGCGAACCGCCGAAACAAGCACCUCGAUUUCACUGCGGAUUUUGAUCACGAGGAAUUCUGCCAGAGAUAUGCACCUCUCGGAUGCAAGGAUGGAAAGGAUGGGAUCGAAGGCUGGAUUAUGGAGCGUGGGUGGAGCAACGGCGAGGUCGUUGUUGGCACCGAACGCAUUUGGAUGCGUGAAAGUGCUUGGUGGGAAGCUGAGGGGAUGCUGGACCUGAAACCCACAGACGACCAAGGCUUCGCUGGGUUGGGCGGCUUGCUCGGCGCCGACACGGGAUACUCGGGUGCUCCUCAUAACGGUAGCGGCUUCUUCGCUCCCAUGACUGACUUGACGCAUCAAGAAAGCCGAGAGGGGCUCCUCGCUCGCCAGCAAAGCUCCGCGACACUCUCUCGAAGUGCUCCGGGCGCUGCUCGGUCUGUGGCUCCCACGGCGCGGAACAUCACUGCUGGGGAUUACGGUCUGGGCCUCAAAGGAGAUAACACCAAAGGCCAGGUCUUCUAUACUAACGAAAUGGGCGAACUCGUCAGUGGUAUCGAUCCCGAGUUGGCUGAGCCCAAGAGUAUCACUACCUCGGAUCUGACAUCCAGCCGUCGGAUCUGGGUUGGUGUGGUUUGGGGACUGACCUUCUGGUGUCCUUCGUUCCUUCUCAGAUUCGUUGGCCGGAUGAAGCGUCCUGACGUGCGUAUGGCAUGGAGAGAAAAGGUGGUGUUGUGCAUGAUCAUAACCUUCUUCAACUGUCUCAUCAUCUUCUGGAUUCUGUUCUUCGGCAAACUUCUCUGUCCGAAUUUUGACAAGGCAUGGGAUGCAGCUGAGGUUGCCAGUCAUCAAGGCACGGCCGACUACUGGGUCAGUAUCCGCGGGAAGGUUUACGACAUGACCAAGUUCUAUAAGCUUCAACACAGUGACACAGCGAUCAAGACAUCGGCCGCGACGAUGGAACCAUUUGCUGGGAUGAACCUGGAUGACUACUUCGUGCCACCCCUUACCGUGGCCUGCCCCGGCCUGGUCACCGACCCUGCUCUCUCUCUUCUCGCGAAUAACACGGUGGCGGACCCCACUGCUGUCCACACCUCCGGACCUCAAACGCCCUAUAGAACCAGCGCACUGUACGACAUCAACUGGUACGGUUCGAAAUUCUUGCCCAAGCUCAAGGAGUACUAUCACGGCGAGCUUGUUACGGACAAGAGCAAAGUUAAGAGUCAGGGCCAGAACAACAAUCACUACUGGUUUAUCCUCGAUAAUAAGAUCUACGAUUUGACAAACUACUAUUACACAUUGGAUACGUUCAACAACUUGGCCUCAUACAAUUUCCUCGACGAUAGCGUCUCUGACUUGAUCAAGAGUAACCCUGGUCUCGACAUCACAAAGGACUGGAACAAGAUGUUCAACGCUGCCAAUGCCACCCAACAAGUAGUGAUUCAGAACAACCUGAAUUGCAUAUCAAAUAGUUGGUAUGUCGGCAUCCCCGAUUUCCGGUACACUGCAAGGUGCCAAGCCAACAACUACUUGCUGCUCGCCUUCACGAUUCUCUUGUGUGCCGUUAUUCUUGCCAAGUUCUUGGCUGCUCUUCAGUUUGGGUCUAAACGUCGUCCGAGUCCUCAAGAUAAGUUCGUCAUUUGUCAGGUUCCUGCUUACACCGAAGGAGAAGAUUCUCUGCGGAAGGCCCUUGAUUCCCUCACGGCCCUCCAAUAUGACAACAAGAGAAAGCUUAUCUGUGUUAUCUGCGAUGGUAUGAUCGUCGGUGGUGGUAAUGAUCGACCGACGCCCAAGAUUGUUCUGGAUAUCUUGGGAGUCGAUCCCAAGAUAGAUCCUCCCGCACUGCCGUUCAAAUCGGUGGGUAACAGCAGCGAGCAGCUCAACUACGGCAAGGUUUACUCUGGACUCUAUGAGUACGAAGGCAACGUUGUCCCGUACCUGGUCGUCGUCAAGGUCGGAAAGGAAUCCGAGCAGUCGAAGAGCAAGCCUGGUAAUCGUGGAAAGCGAGACUCCCAAAUCCUGCUCAUGAGCUUCCUCAACCGCGUCCAUCACCGAGCUCCCAUGUGCCCUCUCGAGCUGGAAAUGUUCCACCAGAUCAAUAACAUUAUUGGUGUCGACCCCGAGCUUUACGAAUACCUUUUGAUGGUUGAUGCCGAUACCUGUGUUCGCGAGGACUCUCUGAACUACCUUGUCGCGGCCUGUGCAAACAACGCCAAGAUUGCUGGUAUUUGCGGUGAAACUUCUCUCGAGAACGAAGAGCGCUCUUGGUGGACUAUGAUUCAAGUCUAUGAAUACUUCAUCUCCCAUCACUUGGCCAAGGCUUUCGAGUCUCUAUUCGGCAGUGUUACUUGUCUUCCUGGAUGUUUCUCCAUGUACCGUCUCCGCACAUCUGACAAGGGCAAGCCUCUCAUUAUCUCUGAUGUUAUGAUCCGUGACUACAGUGACUGCGUCGUCGAUACCUUACAUAAGAAGAACCUCCUAUCUCUCGGAGAAGAUCGAUACCUCACGACUCUCAUGACGAAGCACUUCCCAUACAUGUCAUAUAAAUUUGUCCCCGAAGCCUAUUGUCAAACCGCCGCCCCUGAGACAUGGAGUGUUCUUCUAUCCCAGCGACGAAGAUGGAUUAACUCUACCAUUCACAACUUGGCCGAACUGGUCUGGCUCAAGGAACUGUGUGGAUUCUGUUGUUUCAGUAUGCGCUUCGUCGUCUUUAUCGAUCUCUUCGGAACCAUCCUCUUGCCUGCAACUUGCGCAUACCUUGGUUACCUCAUCUACAACGUCGCUGCCGGCGAAGGUCAGUUCCCGUUGAUUUCGAUCAUCAUGUUAGCAGCAGUCUACGGUCUACAGGCCCUGAUUUUCAUCCUGAAGCGUCAAUGGCAGCACAUUGGAUGGAUGAUCAUCUAUAUCAUGGCUUUCCCCAUAUACUCUUUCAUCCUGCCAAUCUACUCUUUCUGGAACCAGGAUAACUUCUCCUGGGGAAACACCCGUAUCGUCAUCGGUGAGAAGGGAGGCAAGCAAGUCGUUGCUAUCGAUGACGAAGGCUUCGAUCCGCGCAGCAUACCUCUCCAACGCUGGGACGACUAUGCACUUAUCAACAAUCUGCCCGGGCGUCGCGGCGGAGCGGUGGAGAAAGCCUACGAGGGCUACGACGACCAGUACGAGAUGGACGACAUGAAAUCCAUGUACUCCUCCGUCAAACCGGCAUCUACCAUCCUCACUGGCUUUCCCCAGCGCGGCGGCUACAUGCCUCCUCAGUCUCCGGCUGGUGGAGCACCCAGACAAUCAGUCUACUCCAUAAACCAGUACGGACAACCCCACGGUAACUCCUCCGUGAUGUCUCUCGGUGGAGGCCUGCAUCACGACGGUUGCUCUGCAUCGCCGUAUCAGGAUUACCCCGCGCACUCCCCGCGGCCUGGCAUGGCCGUCAACCCGUCGUCGCAGGAUCUGCUCUCAGGCCAGCCAUCUCCGUUGCACCCGAGUCGCAGCCAAGUCGGCCUUGGCGGGCCACGCACACCGUCGCAGUUUGAUUUCCAGCGUGGCAAUGCUGGUCCAGAUGACUUGAUGGUCAUUGAAGCCAUCCAGAACUGCCUUCGUGAGGUUGAUCUCGAUAACGUCACGAAGAAACAAGUCCGGGCCUUGGUUGAGCAGAGACUGCAGACAGAGUUGGUGGGCGAGAGGCGGACAUUUAUGGAUCGCAUGAUUGAUAGCGAGUUGGCGGCCAUGUGA